AUGUAAGAAAACAUAAAAAAAGGAAACAAGUGUAAAUAAUAUAAUAAUGGGCUAAAGAAAUUCUGGAAAUUCACAGCAAAAGAUAAUGGGGGAAGAUGAAGAAAACCCUAAUCAGAUCUACAUAACUACCGAUGUGGUGGAAGAAAUACUUGUUAGGCUACCCUUGAAAUCAAUUCUCAGAUUCAAAACCGUCUCGAGGGAAUGGAGAUCAUUAAUGGAGUCGAGGAGGUUCGCGGACAGGCGUAUGAGUGUUCCAAAGAACCGAAAAUUCUUGGCUGUCGGAAACCAGGCCCAAUCGCGGUUCCAAGGAGACGAAGAGAUCGAGAUGGUUUACUUAGAGUGUAAUGAAGCCACACGACCUUCUUUGACAUGUGACGGUGUAGUUUGCAUACCGGAACCGAAUUGGGUCAGCGUUUUGAAUCCUUCGACCAGAGAAUUCCUUAGAUUCUGUAGCGGCCCCUUCCACUAUGAGAACGACAUGUCUACCGAAGUAUGGUGGAGCGAAUUCAAUAUAAACUCGGCGAUGGGAUUCGGUAAGGACGAAGUUACCGGGAAGUAUAAAGUAGUGAGCAUGUUGUUUGAUCAUAACCAUUACCAGAUUAUUGAUGUUGACAUUGGCCAAUGGCGGAAACUGGUCCCGCCUCCUUACAAGGUUGAUACGAGAAGGAAGUCGGCGUGUGUGAAAGGAUCCAUCUACUGGUUAGACCUUUUUCGUAUAUAUAAUAUACUAGCUUUCGAUCUUCACACAGAAGAAUUUCGGGAUGUCCAGGUACUUCCUCCCCUUUUUCACUCGGCCGCAGCUCGGAUAGUGAACCUUGAUGAUCGUCUAGCCAUAGCUGACAUAUGUAUGAUGAAACCUGGAUGGAAUCUAGAGAUAUGGAUCAUGGAUGCACAAGAACAAACAUGGUGUAUGACUUACUCCAUAACUUUAGCACAUAGAUUUAUUCCAAUGCACGGGAGAGUUAUAGAGGAAUGGUCAACGAUGUUCACGCCAUUGGCUGUUUCUAAGAAAGGGAGUCUUUUCUUCUAUGACACUAAGAAGAGGUUGUUCAAAUAUGAUCCAGAGACGGACUUCCUUUGUUGCCUUUCUUCAGAUAUUUGUGUUAUCUCUCCUUUUGUCGAAAAUUUGGUCUGUUUACAUCCAGGAUGUGUUCCGAAAACCCGGCCACCACGUGGGUGCCGCAAUGGACGUAGCUGUCUAAAUCAGCCAUGGAGGAAGCGGCAAUUUGGUUUAAGCUUCAAAACUUAGAGCAAGAAGCAAGCACGCCAGCGCCAUCGAUAGCACUGCAACCUCUUACAUGGACUAAACCGGCAACUGGGAUUGUGAAGUGUAACGUGGCAUGUUCCUGGUCCGAGGCUUCCAACACCUGUGGAGGAGCAUGGUUAGCUCGGGACUCCAAUGGUAAAGCUCUAUGUCACAGUCGAAGGAGUUUCAGUGGGAUUUCAUCUCUUCGUCAGGCGGAACAGAUUACUCUCUGAUGGGCAGUGGCAGCUAUGAAAGAUAUAAGAUGUCAGCGGGUGAUAAUGGAAGUCUCUUCACCUCGGUUACAAGACUUACUCUUUAAUCCAAGAGGUUUACGGGACCAAUCGCCAUGGGCGCUUGAGAUACAUAAUGCGCUUAUAACCUUUGAAAUGGGGUGUUUUAAUCUGGUCUCGAUGAAAGCUAAUACCCUUGCAAAAGAAAUAGCUACGAGUAUUACCAUGGACCGUAGAUCUAUGUAGCUUACAAAGGGCCGACGUGGCUUUAAGAUCGUAUCCUUCAGGAAACAAAAAUUU